UCUUUUAGAGCUAGGGUUUUAUCAUCUUCUACUCUCUGCUUCAGUUUCUUCAUACUCCUCACAAACCCGCCGGAAAGUUGAUAAAUUCUUAUCCAUAUUCAACAAUGGUAGGUUUUGAACUCGGCUCCGUCCCGUUCAAUGCCGACGGAUGGGGUCCACCAGAUUCCUCCAUCUCCGUACCAAACCAAAUCUCUAACGCCCCCUUCGCUCCUUUCUCCCGCUCCGACAAGCUUGGUCGUAUUGCCGACUGGACUCGGUCUCUUUCAAACCGACCCGGAUCCAACUCCAAGCAAAACCCUAGUGAUUCCGCCUUCGACUUCUCUGGAGACGAUUCAUUCGCUACUCUCGCCGCCGACGAAGACUCCUCCUUCCGCCUCGUCGACACUGCCGCCAAAUCCCAUCACCAUGGGCAACACCGCCCGAAAUUCAAUCCUAGGUGGCGGUUCAACCCUCACCACAACCGCUCUCAGCUUCCCCAGCGCCGCGACGAGGAAGUCGAGGCCCGAAAACGUGAGCAGGAGAAAGAAAGAGCUCGAAGGGACAGGCUGUACAAUCUCAACCGUUCGGGAACAAACGCUGGCCAGAGAAGAGAAUCUGCUGUGUUCAAAUCAUCAGUUGAUAUUCAACCUGAAUGGAACAUGCUCGAUCAGAUCCCGUUUUCGACUUUCUCAAAGCUUUCCUUCUCCGUUCCGGAGCCUGAGGACUUGCUGAUCUGCGGUAGCCUUGAGUUUUACGACAGGUCCUACGAUCGCAUUACCCCGAAGAACGAACGUCGCCUGGAGAGGUUCAAGAACAGGAAUUUCUUCAAAGUUACUACUACGGAUGAUCCUGUUAUCCGGCGUUUGGCUAAUGAGGAUAAAGCUACUGUUUUCGCCACGGAUACGAUUUUGUCUACUUUAAUGUGUGCUCCUAGGUCUGUUUACUCCUGGGAUAUUGUUGUUCAACGUGUUGGGAAUAAGUUGUUUUUCGACAAGCGUGAUGGGUCCCAGCUGGAUUUGCUCUCUGUUCAUGAAACUUCCCAAGAACCAUUGCCUGAUGUGAAGGAUGACAUUAAUUCGGCUCAUUCGUUGAGUGUUGAGGCUGCUUAUAUCAAUCAGAAUUUCUCGCAACAGGUGCUGAUAAGAGAUGGGAAGAAGUUGAAUUAUGAUGAGCCUAACCCGUUUGCGACUGAAGGGGAAGAAGUGGCGUCGGUUGGUUACAGGUACAGGAGGUGGAAGUUGGAUGAUGAUACCUUUUUGGUGGCGCGAUGUGAAGUGCAGAGCGUGGUGGAAGUGAAUAACCAGAGAUCAUUCUUGACUCUGAAUGCGCUGAAUGAAUUUGAUCCUAAGUACUCUGGGGUUGAUUGGAGGCAGAAGCUCGAGACACAAAGGGGUGCUGUGUUAGCUACCGAGUUGAAGAAUAAUGCGAAUAAGAUCGCGAAAUGGACUGCACAAGCACUGUUAGCCAAUGCUGAUAUGAUGAAGUUGGGUUAUGUAUCGAGAGUUCAUCCUAGGGAUCAUUUUAACCAUGUGAUAUUAGCUGUUGUCGGAUAUAAGCCUAAGGACUUUGCUGCUCAAAUCAAUUUGAACACAUCAAACAUGUGGGGAAUUGUGAAAAGUAUUGUGGACUUGUGUAUGAAGUUGAAUGAAGGGAAAUAUGUGCUUGUUAAGGACCCAACCAAGCCACAGGUUAGGAUUUAUGAGGUCCCUCCAGAUGCAUUUGAGAAUGACUAUGUUGAGGAGCCAUUGCCAGAAGACGAACAGGUUCAGCCUCCUACAGAGGAUGCGCAAGGUGCUGAGGCAAAUGGGGCUGCAAAUGAAGUAGAGGACAAGGAAGUUAGCACUGAAGCUGCAUAAGGGUUGUCCGGGGAUAAAGUGAUACUGGUUGAAACCUCUUUUAGAUCUUGAGGCUUCUCUUAUCAACAGCUUUGUGAGGUGACUGUGCUCUUGUGUCUUUCCAAACAGAUUAGAAACAAGGCAUCUUGUCCAGAGCUUUUUACCAUCUUAACGAACUUGUUCGGCUUCCUUUCUCCCACCUACUGUAGUAGUUUUGAUGAUUAUGGACCUUUGUCAAGGCUAAUUUUGUGAUAGGUUUCUCUUUUAUUUGGAUUUUUUUUUAAGAAACGGCUUUUUAUUAUCAUUAUAUAUGGUUUUGUGGUGUAAUAGAUCAUUGACUUUUUAGCCCUGGGUUUGGUCUGACAAAAGCAUGUACAAGUUAGAACCCCGCCCCAAACGAAAGUGUAAUCUUUUGACAAGGGUAAAGGGACGGGCUUAUAAUCCACUGAUUUUGAGUUG